CUUGUUUACAUUUGAGAUACGGCGCGAGACGAGAGAGGAGCUUGUGGACUGUUUUUUUACACUUUUUCGUUUAUUACAUACCCUUAAAGCUUAUACAGAGGUAACAGAAAAGUGAGAAGAUGAGUGGUCUUACAAAGGACCAACUGCAGCGUAUGGAGGAGAAUCGUAAAAAGGCCCUGGCAAGGAGGGCAGCAAUCCUGGCAGCUGCAGGGAAUAGCAACAACAACCAGCCUGCAAAACCCAAUAAUUCCCAGCCAAUGGCUGGUAGUGGAGCUGCCAAGCCUUCCAGCAGUGCAGCUACGCAGCCAUAUAAUAGACAGAUAAGCCCAACAGGAAACCUCUCUAAACCUGGAGGUCAGCAGAGUACAUUUUCACAGAACACUUACCCAAAAUCAGGUCCCCCUGGUCAGAGUAGCCAGCCCUUUAGCAAUCAGAAUUCAGUACCAGGGAAAUCAGCAUCAAACUUUUACAAGACGGGUCAGACGAAUAUCAAUAACAACACACAGCUUGGCAAGAGCAGUGCAACAAGCUCCAGUUUCAGCAACAGCAUACAGUCUAAAGCACAAAGCCAACCACCAGGCAACACUUCAAAACAGACAGGAGAUGGAGCAAAACCUGUGUUUGGUAAGACUGUCAAUGGUACAUUCCGACUGAUGUCCCGUGAGAGGUUCAUGGUAGAAGUUGGAUAUCAUCAACAGAUGAUAGAAAUCUUCAAGACAAUGACAACAAAGAAAUAUGAUGUGGAGACCAAAAGAUGGAACUUUGAACUGAGUGAACAUGACAAAUUAGUUGCAGCUCUUGCUCCUCUUAGACCUGCCGUGUGCAUCAGUCCUUUGCCGUCAUUUGUUCGCAGAAUUCUGAAAGCAGCUCAAACAGAGAUCCCUGCCUCCUGUGUUGACUUGUUUGGACUUGACCCCAAGCUGUUGGAUGCCUUGAUGCCAUUUCAGCAUGAGGGAGUAUGGUGAGUGUUAAUUGUGUUGG